AAACAUUGUAACCUAACCUAAUAUUGAGUAGUAGGGGCAGCAGUCGUUGCAAGGCAGGCACAUUUGCAGUUGUUUUUUGUCGGUGAAGGCGUGGGACGCUUGGAAGAAUGUUGGUAGAACUCCAUGUGAUUACUCUCGUCUCCUCAUCAUCAGACAGCAACUGCAGUUCCCUCCUCUGACGCGCGUGCAGUCGUUUCGCAGGAGCCAGGAAGAAGGUGGAAAUACAGCAGGGAUGCUCGAAGUGAGCAUCUAAGGAUCUCCACACCCUCUUUGUUUCGAGACAACUUCCAUAUAUUGCCAGGAUAACGUUGUUCUUUUGAGAGAUCCAAGGCGCUCGGAAAGGGUUUCUUUUCUCCUGGCACCUGUGCUGCAUCUGUCCUAACUGAAGUGAUACUCUGAAUCUGAGGGGAAGCAAGACUUGAAGCAGCAUCAUGAAUUUUGUAAUGAAGGCAGCUAUGGGAGGAGGCCCACCGGACGUAGGGAAGAUGAUGGGAGGAGACAAAGAGGAGCCCGACCCCGACGCGGAAAAGAAAGAGGCCGAGAGACAAGAGGCUCUGAGGCAGCAGGAGGAGGAAAGGAAAGACAAAUAUGCAAAGAUGGAGGCCGAGAGGGAAACAAUGCGACAAGGCAUCAGAGAUAAGUAUGGAAUUAAGAAGAGGGAGGAGGCGGAGGCAGAGGCACAGGCCGCUAUGGAGCAGGCCUCGGAGGGCAGUCUGACCCGUCCUAAGUCGUCCGUACCCAAGGGCUGUGGAGACGACGACGAGGAAGAGGAGAGCAUCAUGGACACAGUCAUGAAAUACCUCCCCGGUCCACUUCAAGACAUGCUGAAGAAGUAGCCGAGCGACAAUUUUGUUGAGUGGCAUUAGAUUGUUACCGUGUUCUUCUAGGUGAGAGUUUUAGAUUACUUUCCUGCGCCCCUGCAGCAGAGAGUUAGCACCAAAACUUUAAAAGAAAAAAAUAUUCCACGCCUCACCUGUUUAUUUUGUAAACAGUCUGAGGUUGUUUGGAAAAACGAGACAUUUAAAAUAAUCAUACUGUGUUUGUCUGUCGGGAAAAAAAAAAACGAUAUAGCCGAGAAUAACUCUAUAAGCCAUAUUUUAUCUUUAAAGAAUAUUUGAAGGAUCGUAUCAUAACGUUAGGCUGAGUUUGGUUUUGUCUACGUGGUUUAUGUGAAGAAUUUUGCACACGCGUUCGUACGUACAUGUUCACUUACUGUGUCAUGUGUCGCCAUUCACUCCACACUGUCACGACGUAGGUCUGAAUUACAUUUUGUAUUCCAAUUCUCUGUACCUUGUUGUCUUUGCAUGCCAUUUGUCAAGUCAAUUUGUGAAUAUGUACAAUAUCCCUUUUUUUUCCUUAGUCACGCAAAAAUAUAUGGCAAUAAUUCUGAUUUUGAAUGUGGUUAUACUAUCAUAAAGUAUGAUAAAAUAAUAAUGGUGAUAACGUGUAUGCAUUCAGGAAUUUCAUUUACAGGUUUUGGAGGAGGGGGGGGGCGGGGGUUGUGUUGGUGUGGCAGAACCACUUAUGCUUCGACAUUAAAGCGGAAUUCAACAACGCUAUCAAAAUUUGCCAUUUAAAAAUAUGUAUAAAGAGUGAUUUGAUCAUGAUUUCUAAAGCUAUUACACACAAAAAAAAAACAUCAAAUGGAGGGCUAGCGUUUCCAACAUCUGAAUGAAAAGGGAAAUCUGUGGUUUUCCCACCGGACUGCGAGAAUGUGGGUCAAAGUCAGUAGUUAACUACUGCUGUAGAACGAAGAGGGUGACGAUGCGAUAUGGUUCUGGUGUACUUGGUUGUGGGAUAGUUGUAAGAAUGUUUAUGUUGAUAAUCAGAAUGGAAUGCUGUCAGCAAUAAAAGACCAUCUUGUAUGUUCUGCUUGGGAAUUAAUAAAACUGGUUCACAGACA